AUGAGUGCAGUGAGAAGAAAUGUGGUAGAUGGGGUGCCACCCGAGCUGCCAGUGGUAGGUGAGGUGCCACCACAGCUGCCAGUGGUAGGUGAGGUGCCACCAGAGCUGCCAGUGGUAGGUGAGGUGCCACCAGAGCUGCCAGUGGUAGGUGGGGUGCCACCACAGCUGCCAGUGGUAGGUGAGGUGCCACCACAGCUACCAGUGGUAGGUGGGGUGCCACCACAGCUGCCAGUGGUAGGUGGGGUGCCACCAGAGCUGCCAGUGGUAGGUGAGGUGCCACCAGAGCUGCCAGUGGUAGGUGAGGUGCCACCAGAGCUGCCAGUGGUAGAUGAGGUGCCACCAGAGCUGCCAGUGGUAGGUGAGGUGCCACCAGAGCUGCCAGUGGUAGGUGGGGUGCCACCAGUGGUAGGUGGGGUGCCACCACAGCUACCAGUGGUAGGUGGGGUGCCACCACAGCUGCCAGUGGUAGGUGGGGUGCCACCAGAGCUGCCAGUGGUAGGUGGGGUGCCACCAGAGCUACCAGUGGUAGGUGGGGUGCCACCAGUGGUAGGUGGGGUGCCACCACAGCUACCAGUGGUAGGUGGGGUGCCACCACAGCUGCCAGUGGUAGGUGGGGUGCCACCAGUGGUAGGUGGGGUGCCACCACAGCUACCAGUGGUAGGUGGGGUGCCACCAGUGGUAGGUGGGGUGCCACCACAGCUGCCAGUGGUAGGUGGGGUGCCACCAGAGCUGCCAGUGGUAGAUGAGGUGUCACCCGAGCUGCCAGUGGUAGGUGGGGUGCCACCAGAGCUACCAGUGGUAGGUGGGGUGCCACCAGAGCUGCCAGUGGUAGGUGAGGUGCCACCAGAGCUGCCAGUGGUAGGUGAGGUGCCACCAGAGCUACCAGUGGUAGGUGGGGUGCCACCAGAGCUGCCAGUGGUAGGUGAGGUGCCACCAGAGCUGCCAGUGGUAGGUGAGGUGCCACCAGUGGUAGGUGGGGUGCCACCACAGCUACCAGUGGUAGGUGGGGUGCCACCAGAGCUGCCAGUGGUAGGUGAGGUGCCACCAGAACUACCAGUGGUAGAUGAGGUGCCACCAGAGCUACCAGUGGUAAAUGAGGUGCCACCAGAACUACCAGUGGUAGAUGAGGUGCCACCAGAACUACCAGUGGUAGAUGAGGUGCCACCAGAACUACCAGUGGUAGAUGAGGUGCCACCAGAACUACCAGUGGUAGAUGAGGUGCCACCAGAACUACCAGUGGUAGAUGAGGUGCCACCAGAACUACCAGUGGUAGAUGAGGUGCCACCAGAACUACCAGUGGUAGAUGAGGUGCCACCAGAACUACCAGUGGUAGAUGAGGUGCCACCAGAACUACCAGUGGUAGAUGAGGUGCCACCAGAACUACCAGUGGUAGAUGGAACAGGGGAAUGA